UGCAGAGAGAAAACAAUCGAACAAAGGAAAAGAGACUGCUACUCGGAGACUACGUGUUAGUCAAACAAGAGAAGAAAAACAAAUGGAGCACACCAUAUGAACCCAUAUUCUAUACAAUCUGCGAUAUGCAAGGAUCCAAGAUAACAGCAAGAAGAACAACAGAUGGACGCACAGUUUGUCGGGACGCAAGUUACUUCAAACUAGUCAACACUGUCAUCAACACAGCAGAUGAAACAGAAACGGUUGGACCAAGCCAGGAAGAACCGAAGGAGACAACAGACACCAAGCAGGAAGACCCUAGAGAGAGAAUUCUGAGGGAAACCAAAAGUCAUGAGGAUCGGAAGAAACCACCGAACAACGAAGGGAAACAAGCGGAGCUGAAGGAGAAAUCAUCAAAGAUGACUCAAGUUAAACAGGAGAAAACCGAAGAGCGAGUGGAAAGAGAAAAACCACAAGAUGAAGGAGAGAAAGUAAGCCGACCAAGAAGGGAAAGACGAAGACCCAAGAAGUUUGAAGACUACUAUAUGUACCCUUAGGGAUAGAGGACAUGGAACAUUGUUAUAGUUGAGUUUAUUGUACUUGAACAUGAAAAAAAUAUAAUUCAGUAAUCAUACGAAAGACACAUGGACAUUUGGAAGAAAGGGAGAGAUGUAGUAUCCAUAGCAACUAAUCAUGUAUGAUAAUUAGCUAAGUUGUGAAUAAUAAAUAGUUGAUCUAGA